UUCAGGGUUGGUGUUCAAGAGAAGAGGGUUGAGGAUCAUGUCUAACAGGGUGGAGAUCAGAAAGAAGGCUCGAGAUAUAGAGCUUUGGGAACUAAGGCAAAUGCUGCAGGAUCCGAGUAUUGAUAUUUUGAAUGAUGUUGAUGCCAAGUUCGAGAAAGACCCUGAUAGAAUAAUCACGGAACUUGAAUUAAAACAUAAAAACCCUCAAAACGAUUUUAUGAAUAAGCUAUCUUUACCCAAAGGUUCUGAAGCUCCGAGGGAAUUACGAAGAAAAGAAUUUGUUUUAAGAAAUUCAACUUUAACAAAUCUUUGGAGAAGUCCUAAUGUACGCUCUUUAUACAACUUAAUUCUUGCUUUUUUUGUAUUCCUGUACCUGCACAUCGCUAUCUUCUAUUACUUUAAUGUCGAACGGUUAAAAAGAGAUUUAGCAUUGGUUUCAUGGUCAUUUGGUCAGUUUCACAUUGUUACUGCCGUAUGGAUUGGCAUCAACUUAUCGAUUGUUUUCUUUUUACAUCCUGUCUUUCGAUUCUGGGCUUCUUCUAGAGCAUUUGCGAAGAAGAAGGGCCUUUAUGAUUUGAUGUUUUGCACUUUAUUCGUUUUGUAUGAAGCGGCUUUGCUGAUAAUUCCACCAAAAAUAAUCAUAGACUGCAAUAUACCACCCGCAUCAUCUUGCGCGUUAGUAAUGGAACAGUAAGAAAUAUUCAACAUUUUGGAACUAUCUGAUGAAGAUAAGCCAAUAAUGACAACGUAAAAUACAGAGCAACAUAGACUACAGCGUUG